AUGUUGUCACGUUCAUUCAAAUCAUUGGUUCAAAUUCAACGUCCAGUCUUGAUGGCUGGUCAAUCAUCGAUGAUCCGUUCGUUCUCCUCGGAUCACCGUCUCUCAGAGAAGGAGGUCACCGACCGUAUUCUCGAGGUCAUCUCAAAGUACGACAAGUGCGCUGGUAAGAGUGUUUCGCCAUCGGACACCUUCAAGGAGCUCGAACUCGACAGUUUGGACAGUGCUGACAUCUUGGUCGCUGUCGAAGAGGAAUUUGGAAUCGAAAUCCCAGACGAAGAAGUUGAUAGAAUCACCUCUGUAAAAGACACCAUCUCCUACAUUAGAAAGACCCCAACUGCCAAAUAA